GUCCUGCGCCGCCUAACAGUCAUGUCAGUCUCGGUCAUUCUCAAACCAAUUCCUGGAUUUUGCAUCAAGUCUAGUACUGUGCAGCCAGCCGUUUACAAACCUUCAUCUUCUCAACAACCCCUCACCUCACUUGAACCUGGAAACGCACCCGUUCCUAUACCAGUCGGUUUCAAACUUUUUAUCAACAUAGCUUGGGAUCAGAAUGUUCCUCCACCUCCCAAAGCCAGUGAAGAGGCCAUCAAGCGCGCCAUCUCAGGCGAUUCACAGAGCAUGAGCACCGACGAUGAUUAUUUUGUGCCCGUUGUGGUCAGUGACGGUCGGAUCGACACUGAUAGAGCGGGAAGACCGUCGCUCGUUUUUGACUGUGUCUUCCACAAAUCCGUCAAAACUAGAACCCUUGUGGAUCAUGAUUUCAAAGUGUUCAUUGUCGAACUGGCUUUACAGCGAAUAGAGGCACAAACAGGUCUUGUCCUUUCACGAGAGUUGGGCACACCGAACAUCGCUUCUAAGGGAAAGCUCGAGCCACGAUCAGUUUCCCUUCCCAGCUUCCUUGCUCAGAACGUCGUCUUGAAUGCACCCUCGAGCGGUGUCACGAACAAACCUCUGAUAGAGGAAAUCCCGUCACCCGCCCCUACAACCUCUAAAAGUGCUUCAGAUCAAUCUGCGAAGCCGAAAGGUAUCCUGAAGAAAAACCUUGUUGCCGAAGCAUCGACCGAACGACGUUUGUCGGAGCAACUGCCGCUUGACUGGUCAUGGGCAUUCCAGAAUGACCAGAUUCGUAUUUCUAUCUCUGUCCCGCAUCUCGUGAGUCGGAAUGUCAACUUUCUCGUUCUUCCUCCCUCAGGGGGUCUUUCUUGAAUUGUGGUGAUUUCCUUUCCUCUUUUGUACCACCAGUGCACCACAAUAUACCUAAUACUCUCUCUUCUUUCGGCCGCGCGCGUCGUGCUACUGUGUUUAGGAUAAAGAGAUGAUUGCAAAAGCAACGUUUGACAUUGAGCCACGGAGGUUCAUUCUCUCGAUUCCAGAUUUUCCUACCCUUGACGUCGAUCUCAAAUUAUCCGACGCUGAAAUCGUCAAAUCUGGAGGUGGUGCUAUGAGUACUAGUUUGGUAGUCCGUAACGGAGGAAGUAGCACAGUACUACAGCUCAAGAGGCACCGUCCUUUCAACGUGCAGGGAGCAUCAGCAGAAUGGUCCAUCAAGAAGGAUAGACUACUUGUCAUCGCGUAGGCU